CAGUAAGCCUGUGGUUCUCACCUUAACAGUAUAAUUACUCUGUACACGUGCUGUUGGGCGUUUAGUUUUACCCUUUAAAUAACCUUUCUGGAAACAAGUGAACGUUAAGUGUGCUUUUGGACGUUUGACCUGAACCUUAGCUAGCUAAAUCGUAAAUAUGAUUCUAUGCUAAGUCCCAUUAAUACAGUCUUCAACUAACUGCGUUAUUUAAGCUACAUGAUUGUUUGUUUGGAGCUGUGAUUCUUGUGUGCUUGUUCCUUUGGUUGUUGCCUUUCUUUUUCAAAACUUCAGUUUUGAAAGUCACGUGUAAACAACACCUUUUGGCUGUUCUUUCUCUUUUUGCACUCUUUUUCUUUCUGCACUGAUACUUGCUUUGCUGUGACUUUUUUUAAUGAAACGCUUUGUUUUCAAAUGUUUAAUGAAUGCAGGUAUUAAUAGUGACCACUGUGUUUAAUGUUUAAUAAUAAGACUAGAAUGCUUUAAGUACUGUUGUAGUUAGCUUGUUAGUUAUUUAACUAGCUUAGUUUCCUUGCACUUAAAAUAAACAUAUGAUAUUUAUGAUCUGCAGUAAGUAGUAGUGCUUAAGCCAUGCGUUACUAUUUGGCCACAGGCCACAGGCAAGACAAAAAGGGUAAUUAAGGAUUCAUGUAACCAGGGGAAGCUAGCUAGUUACAGAUGUCACUGUCCAUAAUAAAAGAGGGAAGUCAAGGGUGAACUAAACUAACUAGUUAACUAGGUUAGCCAGGAAGCAAGACAAAAUAUCGUAUAUAAGCUGUAUAAUCAUUUAUAUAUGUUUAUCACCAUGUUGACAUGUAAACCUGAAUGCUAAUAGAAGCUGUACUGAUCGCGUACAGUACUGUUGUACGUUCUGUCUACAUAACAAGCUAACAUAACCUAGCUACAUAAAUUGGGGGCGGCUGCAACUGUAAACAAAGCAGGGCGAAACAAAAAGGGUCCAAAAUGUGCAAACACACAAAGGCACCCUGAACAUUUCAGCUGUCACGGAAGAUGUUGAGGUCCUGGCCACCUAAAGCCCCAUCUCUCCACCCUCUCUCGGGGAAAGACCAGUCACUUUUGGCCAGCAUUUCUGGCUAUGCGCUGUUGUGCAUGUUUAUUCCAGCAAAGUCUGCAGUGCUCUCCAUCCAAGAUGGCUGCGGGUGAGAGCAACAGCCGAUCCUCUUGUCUGAACCUGUCUAACCCGGGCCCGCUGGGCAACGCCCAAGCGAACAGUGGAGUCCACUCGGCCCCGGCGGGCAACGCGGCGUCUGCGUCCGCCGCCGGAAGGCUGAACAGGACCACAGGGAGCACGAACCCCCAGCCAGGCCUGGACAGCGACGUCGUGGUAAGGGCCACACCGAACACGGAGCACCAAUCUCGGCAAGCGGCCAGCCAAAGUGCCGCUGCGGCGGCCCCUGCGUCGUCUGCGGCUGCUGGAGCGGGAGCAAGCGGAGAGGCUCCGGGAAGCUCCGCGUCCAACAUGACCGCGGCUUCGUCGGCUUGCUCGGCGGACACGGCCGCCAUCUCCUCCUCCUCGUCGUCGCUGCCCGGCAGCCCGGCCUCCGUGCUGGUCUACCGAGAGCCCGUUUACAACUGGCAGGCGACGAAAAGCACGGUGAAAGAAAGGUUCGCGUUUCUGUUUAACAACGAGGUGCUAAGCGACGUCCAUUUUUUGGUGGGGAAGGGGAUGGGAGUGCAGCGCAUUCCUGCACACAGAUUUGCUCUCGCCGUUGGGAGCGCUGUAUUCGACGCCAUGUUCAACGGAGGCAUGGCCACAACAUCAACAGAAAUUGAGCUGCCAGAUGUGGAACCGGCUGCCUUUUUGGCUCUCCUCAAGUUUCUAUACUCUGAUGAGGUUCAGAUUGGACCAGAGACAGUGAUGACUACAUUAUACACUGCGAAAAAGUAUGCUGUGCCUGCACUUGAGGCACACUGUGUGGAGUUCCUGAAGAAAAACCUGCGUGCUGAUAACGCUUUUAUGUUGCUUACCCAGGCACGGCUGUUUGAUGAGCCACAGCUUGCCAGCCUCUGCCUGGAGAAUAUAGACAAGAACACUGCAGAUGCUCUUGCUGCUGAGGGCUUCACCGACGUUGACCUUGACACUCUGGUGGCUGUGCUGGAGAGGGACACGCUAGGGGUGCGAGAGGUGCGCUUGUUUGGGGCUGCAGUGCGUUGGGCUGAGGCAGAGACCCAACGACAGCAACUACAACCCACCCCAGAGAACAAGCGGCGGGUGUUGGGCAAAGCCCUCGGCCUCAUCCGGUUUCCACUGAUGACCAUAGAAGAGUUUGCUGCAGGUCCAGCUCAAUCGGGUAUUCUCACAGACCGGGAGGUGGUCAGCCUCUUCCUACACUUUACCGUUAACCCCAAACCUCAUGUGGAAUUUAUUGACCGACCGCGCUGCUGUCUACGGGGGAAGGAGUGCAGCAUCACACGCUUUGGCCAGGUGGAGAGCCGCUGGGGAUAUAGCGGCACCAGUGAUCGCAUACGGUUUUCUGUGAAUCGCAGAAUAUUUGUGGUGGGAUUUGGGCUCUAUGGCUCCAUACAUGGUCCAACCGACUAUCAGGUCAACAUUCAGAUUAUCCACACAGACAGCAACACAGUCCUGGGACAGAAUGACACAGGCUUCAGCUGUGAUGGGACAGCAAAUACCUUCAGAGUGAUGUUCAAGGAACCUGUGGAGAUCCUUCCCAGUGUCAACUACAUUGCUUGUGCAACGCUUAAGGGACCCGAUUCCCACUAUGGUACCAAGGGCAUGCGCAAAGUCACUCAUGAAGCCCCAGCCACUGGCACCAAGACCUGCUUCACAUUUUGUUAUGCUGCUGGAAACAACAAUGGCACUUCUGUAGAAGACGGACAAAUUCCAGAGGUCAUAUUUUACACAUAAUGAUGGCCCUCCAUUAGUUUGAAUUUUGUGGACUUCUUCUGAACAUGUCAUUAUUAAGUCUAUGAACUUCACUGAUCAAGCUGAAGUAUAAUCUUUUUUUUUUUGCCAUAUGGUCAAAGCAUGAUCUAUCAAUCUAUAGUACCCAGUUGUGCUUUGGGUACAGGUUUGUUUUCUACAUGUGUAGCACCUCAUAACAGAAGCCUAAUUUUUAAACAGCUUUUGACCACUGAUAAAAAAAACAAACAAAAGAGAACCCAACAGGUGUCGGUAAUUACUCAAUAGAUCAGGCAUGACCAUUGCAAAAAUGUUACAUUUUCUUUUCAUAGUAAAACCAUUUAGUUUGUGUUGCCACUUAGUUCUGAACUGGGUCCACCUUUUGACUGAUUGGUAAAAUGCUCAUCACUUCUACAAGUUGCACUGAUGCACUUUCGACCCAGACACAACUGAAAAUUGUAAAAGAUUGUUGUGGAGGGACAUAAAAAUACACUACAAUGGUGAGGAACAGACUGUUACAUUUUCAGACAUAAAAUUAACAAAAGUUGGUGAUGUUUACAAUGAAUACGGUUCAACCAUAGUUGCUUUGUAAAUCAAAUUUAUGAGUACUUGUAUUCUAAAUGUCAUUGAAGAGACUGUUAAAGCAUUUGAUGAAGUACUGAUCCUUUACCAGUUUGGCUUACAUUUAAUAUUGACAUUAAAUUAAAAAUUGUAAUUGGAGGUUUUACAGAACCUAUGAAUGUAAAUUGCCAAUCUGUAUAAUGCAAGUUCAUUUUCAUUGUACAAUUGUUGUAAAUAUGUCCAUGUCAUGUAUGUUCAAUUAAAGUCUGUGCACUUGGUUUAUAUAAGGUUUUCAAUCUGUUGGCAAACAGCUUACACUGGUACAACUAAAAAUGUCCAAAUGAUCCAAUUUUACAAUUAAAAGACACUGAAGGGAGAGAAGUUAAGUUUCCCCCUACAGCUGUGAAUCAGCAUAAAUUCAGUGCAAGUUUUUCUAACUCCCAUUGCUGGAGACACCAAACCCUGUGCAUUUUAGUGCACAGUGCUCAUUCAAUUAGUGAGCCCCACUAGCAAUUUUAGAGCUGCAGCUUGUGGUAAAGCAGGGAAAUGAGGACUACUGGUCUAGCCACAACACAGUAUGAUAGGCAUGUGAUACUACACAAGUCAUCCAAUGAAAAACAUGGAUCUCCAAACAAGCAACUUUACAGGAGAGAGGAAACCCUCAACUUUUCAGUGGAAGUUAGUAGUUUAAGGUUAUUCAAGAAUGAUUAAUUUAUCCCUUAUAUUGUGUAAGGGGAAGUGUAAAAAAAAAAAAAAAAAAAAAAAAAAAAAAAAAAAGCACAAA